GUGCCAUUCCUCCGGCGGCCGCGGCCUCUUCCUCAAGCAAUACUCGUCCCGCUGCUUCUCAGGCAGCCCAGGGGGUGGCUCCUCAGGCAAUCAUGGUUCCUGUCUUCUACCAAGUCCAAGCCGUGAUGCCAAAGCAAGCGCAGGCCCCGAACGCUCCGAUGAUGCCUGUCGCCGUUGCCUUUGCGCAGCCGGCGGUGGCAUCGCACGUGUGCGCAGUGCAGGACGUGCGCAAAUUGCACGAGAAGGUCCAGAUCGAAGAAGAGGCUGUAAACGCAUUCAGCGCUGCCUCCACAGAGCAAAAGGGAAGCACCAACGAUGACGACAAUGACGAGCUCUCGAGCUUGACUUCGAGCGAGGAGCCCUUCCAGCGCGCGCUGAGUGCCCUGCCGUGUCCUGAGCAGCCCCUCCCAGUGGAACGCACCUUCAUCCAGUUCAGCAACAAGGCUUUCAUCCAUCGUCGACGUUCCCGCUCUGUUUGA